AUGGCAGCGGCAGGCGGCGGCGGCGGCGGCGGCAGUAGCAACAGCAACAGCGGCGGGCCGGCCGAAGGCGGCGGGAGCAGCCGCCGCACCGUUUUUCUGUUCGACCGGCGCGAGGAGCAGUCGGAGGUCGGAGAGCGCGCGCUGCACUUGGAGGAAGGCGCAGGCUUCUCGAGCUUCCGCGGCGCCGUCUGUCAGGCACUUGGGAUUUCAGCUGGAGAGAAGUUUGUUAUUACAACAACAAAUAGAAAAGAAAUUACUGAUGAUAACUUCAAUGAAAAUGUUCAAGAUGGGGUCACUCUAUACUUACUUCAGUCAGUCAAUCAAUUAUUACUUUCUGCAACAAAGGAACGAAUUGACUUUUUACCACACUAUGACACAUUGGUUAAAAGUGGCAUGUAUGAAUAUUAUGCCAGUGAAGGGCAAAAUCCUUUACCAUUUGCCCUUGCAGAAUUGAUUGACAACUCACUCUCUGCUACAUCACGUAAUACUGGUAUUCGAAGUAUUCACAUCAAAUUGCUUUUUGAUGAAUCACAAGGAAAACCUGCAGUUGCAGUGAUUGAUAAUGGAAGAGGAAUGACCUCUAAGCAGCUUAACAACUGGGCUGUAUAUAGGUUGUCAAAGUUUACAAGAAAAGGUGACUUUGAAAGUGAUCAUUCAGGAUAUGUACGUCCGUUACCAGUGCCUCGUAGUUUAAAUAGUGAUAUUUCAUAUUUUGGUGUUGGUGGCAAGCAAGCUGUUUUCUUUGUUGGACAAUCAGCUAGAAUGAUUAGCAAACCUUCAGAUUCUCAAGAUGUUCAUGAGCUUUUACUCUCCAAAGAGGAUUUUGAAAAGAAGGAGAAAAAUAAAGAAUCAAUUUAUAGUGGAUAUAUUAGAAACCGGAAGCCAUCAGACUCUUCUCACAUCACAAAUGAUGAUGAAAGAUUUCUACACAGUCUUAUUCUUGAGGAGAGAGAAAAAGAUAGCUUUACUGCAGUGGUUAUUACAGGAGUGCAACCGGAACACAUACAGUAUUUGAAAAAUUAUUUUCAUCUUUGGACAAGACAAUUGGCACAUAUUUAUCAUUACUAUAUUCAUGGACCAAAAGGAAAUGAAACAAAUGCUGCAACAAAAGAAGUUGGACCGUUCAACAACAUUGAUAUGGAAAUUUCUAUGUUUGAAAAAGGGAAGGUACCUAAGAUUAUCAACCUUAGAGAGAUCAAAGAUGACAUGCAGACUUUAUAUAUAAAUACAGCAGCAGAUAGUUUUGAGUUCAAGUCCCACGUAGAAGGAGAAGGUGUGGUUGAAGGAAUCAUUCGCUAUCAUCCCUUCUUAUAUGAUAAAGAGACUUAUCCUGAUGAUCCAUGUUUUCCAUCAAAAUUGAAAGAUGAUGAUGAUGAUGAUGACUGUUUUAUAAUAGAAAAAGGAGCAAGAGGGAAAAGACCUAUUUUUGAAUGUUUUUGGAAUGGAAGAUUAAUACCUUAUACAACUGUAGAAGACUUUGACUGGUGUGCUCCUCCUAAGAAGCGAGGUCUUGCACCAAUUGAAUGCUACAAUAGAAUUUCUGGUGCAUUAUUCACUAAUGACAAAUUUCAAGUCAGCACAAAUAAACUGACUUUUAUGGAUCUGGAACUAAAGCUGAAAGAUAAGAAUACUCUUUUUACAAGGAUUUUUAAUGGACAGGAGCAACGAAUGAAAAUUGACAGAGAAUUUGCUUUGUGGUUAAAAGAUUGUCAUGAGAAGUAUGACAAGCAAAUAAAAUUUACACUUUUUAAAGGGACAAUUACACGAACAGACCUGCCUUCUAAAAGAAUGCAAAGUCCAUGGGCUACAUACUCUGCAAUAGAAUGGGAUGGAAAGACAUACAAAGCAGGGCAGUUGGUUAAGACAACCAAGACACUUCCACUCUUUUAUGGAAGCAUAGUAAAAUUUUUUCUUUAUGGUGAUCAUGAUGGAGAUGUAUAUGCCACAGGAGGGGAAGUUCAGAUUGCAAUGGAGCCUCAAGCUUUAUAUGAUGAAAUUAAAACUGUUCCAAUCACAAAACUUGAUAGGACAGUAGCUGAGAAAACUGUAAAAAAAUAUGUAGAAGAUGAAAUGGCAAGACUUCCAGAUCGUUUAUCUGUAACUUGGCCUGAAGGAGAUGAAUUGUUACCAAAUGAAGUCAAGCCUGCUGGGACUCCUAUUGGUGCUUUAAGAAUCGAAAUACUGAAUAAGAAAGGAGAAGCCAUGCAAAAACUUCCUGGUACAAGUCACGGAGGGUCAAAGAAACUACUAGUUGAGCUCAAGGUUAUUUUACAUUCUUCAAGUGGGAAUAAAGAAAUAAUUUCACAUAUCAGUCAGCAUGGAGGCAAAUGGCCUUACUGGUUCAAGAAAAUGGAAAAUAUUCAAAAACUGGGCAAUUACACGUUAAAAUUGCAAGUUGUAUUGAAUGAAAGUAAUGCAGAUACUUAUGCAGGCCGGCCAUUACCAUCAAAAAUAUUUAAAUUUUCUGUCAAAGAGGGUAAACCAGAGAAAUUUUCGGUGGGUCUUUUGGAUCCUCCAUUUCGUGUUGGAGUCCCAUUUAAUAUUCCACUGGAGUUGCAGGACGAAUUUGGUCAUACUACUCAACUGGCAACUGAUAUUAAGCCAGUUCUUGAGGCAAGUGGCUUGUCCUUACAAUAUGAAGACAUAAGUAAAGGACCAAAUUGUGUAAUUCGGGGGGUUACUGCUAAGGGUCAUGUAAACUCUUAUCAAGGCAAGAACUUUAGUCUGAAGGUUAUUCUGCCAGGUUUAAAAGAAGAAUCCCAGAGUUUGAAAAUUAGAUUACUUCCUGGACCUCCUCAUCAAUUGAAAGUGAAACCAGAUUCUGAUUUUCUGGUCAUUGAAAAUGGAACAGCUUUUCCAUUUCAGGUAGAAGUUUUAGAUGAAUCAGGAAAUAUCACAGCACAGCCCAAAUUGAUUGUUCAUUGUAAGUUUUUAGGUGCUCCAAACCUUCCUGUCUACAGUGUGGAUUGUAGUAAUGCUGGAACUAGUAUUUUAACUGGACCUCCGUUUCAUGUACAGAAUAUAAAGAAAGACCACAUACUUAAAGCAAGGAUUGAAAUACCAAGUUGUAAAGAUGUACAAGCUAUAGAGAAGACUAUCAGAUUGCUCCCCAGUAGCCAUGUUGCAAAACUGCAGAUAUUCAGUGUAGAAGGACAGAAGGCAAUUCAAAUCAAACAUCAGGAUGAGAUUAACUGGAUAGCUGGAGAUGUCAUGCACAAUCUCAUUUUUCAAAUGUACGAUGAAGGAGAAAGAGAAAUUAUUCUAACAUCUGCUUUAGCUGAAAAAAUUAAGGUUAAUUGGACACCUGAGAUUAAUAAGGAACAGCUGCUGCAGGGUUUCCUACCUGAUGUACAAGUACCAGCAUCUGUGAAAGAUAUGAGAUAUUGUCAGGUUUCAUUCCAAGAUGAUCAUGUGUCAUUGGAGAGUGCAUUUACUAUAAGACCACUGCCUGAUGAACCAAAACAACUUAAGUGCAAAUUAAAAGGAGGAAAAACAAUACAAAUGGGUCAAGAGCUUCAAGGAGAAAUAGAGAUAAUAAUUACAGAUCAGUAUGGAAAUCAGAUACAAACAUUCACAUCAAGUUGUUUAACAUCUUUGGGAAUUUCUGGAAAUGGACUUGAUAAAUCCAAUUUGAAAAUUGCUUGGCAGGAAAGCACACAGACUAUCAUUAUAAAAGGCAUAAAGUUUAAUCCAGGUCCUCCUGGAAGUAAGGAGCUCUGCUUUGCAUGGCGUGAAUUUUCUGACUUUGUCCGGGUACAAUUAAUUUCAGGACCACCAGCUAAACUUCUCCUGGUAAACUGGCCAGAAUUAACAGAGCCUAUUCCAGUGAUAAAUGGGAAAGAAUUACCAAACCCCCUUACAAUUCAGCUAUGUGAUCAGUGGGAAAAUCCUUCUCCUGUACCACUAGUCAAAAUAAGUCUUGUGAAAGCAGCCAUUUUAAAACUCAGCCCUUCAAAUCAGCAACAUAAAACUGAUGACAAUGGCAGGGCUAAUUUGGGAGUUUUUAGUGUUUCUGCCCCUAGGGGAGAACAUACGAUACAGAUUAAAGCUACUUAUAACAAGAAUUCCUUAGAAGGACCUAUAAUUAGGCUAAUGGUUCUACCAGAUCCUGAAAAGCCAGUGCGUCUGAAUGUUAAAUACGAUAAAGAUGUUUCUUUUUCAGCAGGGGAUAUUUUUACUGAUUUCAUGGUUAGUGUUAUUUCUGAAGAUGAAAGUGUCAUUAAGAAUAUUAAUCCCACAAGGAUUUCUAUGAAAAUGUGGAAACUCACAGGCAGUGGAAGCCGACAACCAGCCAAUGUAGAAACAUUUAAUUGUAGUAAAAUAAAAGAUAAUGACAAGGAAGAGGGCUUCUUUUAUUUCAGGGAUAAAGUGAUUCCAAACAAAGUGGGCAGUUACUGCAUCCAGUUUGCCUUUAUGGUUGACAAAUCUACUGUUCUCAAUAGUGACCAGAUUUUAGUUGAUGUCAUACCUAAUGAACCAAUCAAGUUAAUUCCUGAAUGUCUACCUUCUACCCCGGCUGUUUCUAAUGUUCCACCCAUUGCCAAUAGGACUUUAGUCAAAGACAUGUGCCUCAAUAUCGUGGAUGAACACAAUAAUCGCACCGGGACUAAUUUGAUUGGCAAGAUAAUUGCUAAAAUUAAAAGUUCUAAUGAAGAAGAUACUGAAAUUCCACUUUUUAAUGGGAAAGUUAGAAUGGUUGAAUUUCCAUUUAUCAAGGGAUCAGCUGAAAUCAAGGAUCUAGUGCUGGCAGAAAAUAGCCCUGGAAGAGACAGUACUGAGUAUUUUAUUGUAUUUGAACCUUUCCUACCAGCUUUAUCAAGAACAUUGGAACCUUAUCAUCUACCAUUUAUGUUUUAUAAUGACUUUAGGAAGCAGCAGCAGAUGGCAGCACUUACAAAAGAGAGAGACCAAUUAUCUCAGUCCAUUGUUCUAUACCGAAAUUUAUUUGAAGCCAGCCAUCAACUUGUCAAUGAAAUGAAAUGUCAAGUCCAAGAAGCAACAUCAAAAGAAAUCCAUUUGAGGAAUGAGCUAAAAAAACAGCAUAUAAAUAUUCCAGCAACACAACAGGUGCCUCACACCGAUAUGCUUCUGAAACAAAAGUUAUCUGAACAAGAGGGACUAAAAAAGCAACCUAGGAGAUCUUGCACUCUUCCAAAUUACCCUAAAGGCAAUCCAGACAUUUUGGGAAAGAUUGCACACUUGGCACAGAUUGAAGAUGAUGAAGCUGCAAAGGUUAUUUCUUGGCACUUGGCAAGUGACAUGGACUGCGUAGUCACUCUAACCACUGAUGCUGCUCGUAGAAUCUUUGAUGAAACUCAAGGUCGUCAACAGGUGUUGCCACUUGAUUCUAUUUAUAAGAAGACUCUUCCAGAUUGGAACAGGCCUCUUCCUCAUUUACGAAAUGGAAAAAAUUAUUUCAGACCCAUUGGUAAUCCAGUAUUUGCAAGAGAUUUGUUAACAUUUCCAGACAAUUCAGAGCAUUGUCAAACAGUUUUUGGGAUGCUAUUAGGAGAUACCAUCAUAUUGGACAAUUUGGAUGCUGCCAACCAUUAUAGAAAAGAGGUUGUUAAAAUCACCCAUUGUCCUACUUUGCUAACAAGAGAAGGUGAUCGAAUUCGAAGUAAUGGAAAAUUUGGAGGCCUACAAAAUAAAGCUCCUCCAAUGGACAAACUUCGAGGGAUGGUAUUUGGUGCCCCACUGCCAAGACUCUGUCAGACCUUGGGUACACAAAUAGAUCUUCUUCAGCAAUAUCGUUCAGCUGUGUGCAAACUCAGUAGUGUGACUAAGGAACUUAAUGUUCAAGAAGACUACCUUAAUACUCCAGAUAUGCUGAAGAAACAGCAGGAACUUAGUGAACAGGAGAAAAGUUUGGAACGAAUAGAACAAAAACUUGGUAUGACUCCAACAGGGAAAUGUGAAUUAGUCCGUCAGGCAGCUAAACUCAAUAUGUCAGACAGCCCAAUCCCUCCUAAAAGAAUGAGACGGGAAACAACAAAAAAACUAAAUAGGCUCAUAACCAAAUCAGAUGUGUGAAAGUUGACAGAGGGGAUGUUGGUCUCACUAAGAAUGCACUCACUUCUGCAGCUUUGCCUCAGGAGACCAAGAGGGUGACUUACCAGACUGAAUAUUUCUGGGGACAAUACAAGUACCAAGGACAUGAGUUUCCAUGUCUGUCCAGAUGGGGCUGGAAGCAUCCAUUCAAAGGAGGGACUCUCGUUGGACAAUAUGGUCUUACUGGAAGUAUCCCAGCCAUCUUAUUGCUCAUUUGUGAUAUAUUGCAAAUGUGUCAAAGGAAAAUGUUAGGUCUACACUUUGGUAGUGAUUAUAAACCUGACACAAGGCAAUUUUUCAUCCUGAAGAAAAUACAUGUUGAAUUCCAGUAUAAUUAACCAUGGAUGUUGUGGAGAGAUGUUUCAGGAUAACAAACUUUAAAAAACUGGACUAGUUUGAAUUUAAUUAAAAUGUUUCAGCUAUUGUGAACUAUAGGUAUUGCUCCAGAGAAUGAGGUGUAUUAUAAGCCAUGAGAGGAAGCUGUUAAUGCAAAGUUCAGGAUAAGAAUGUAAAUCUACAGUUGUUUGGGAACUUGAAUGUUAAUGUCGCUUCAGAAAAACCAUAAAAGUGACCACAGUGCACAUGCAACAUGGUAGUGUUUUAGAUUCUAACUGCUUAUCCUAAUAUGUGCAGUAUGUGCAGUGUAUGCAGUUUUUUUAAAAUAAGAAAUUAAUUGACUUGAUAAUUGUUUUAUAAAUUCUCAGCCUUAAUGCUACAUUAACAUUGUUUUUGUAAUUUUUUUUAAUAGUCUUUUUUAAAAGAUCGGGAAAAGUAAAAUUCUACAUUCAUAUAAUAAAUUACUAUUAAAAAAACCCCAUUGCUAAAACAUUUAGACUGUUGUCCAGCUAGUGUGUAACAGUAUAUGGAAUUUUUGUCCACAAAAGCAGUUUUCAAGUAAAAUAACUGUUUUGUUUGUUUUUCAGGAACUUUUUUUUUUUUUUUUUUUUUUUUUUGGUAUAGUUACACACCCCAACAAAAAUGUCGGUUUUGACCUUUCUGAACAUGCAGCAAAAUUAGAAAUUAUUAUGUUCCCUCUCCUUUGAAUAGAUAGUUCUUGUUUAAAAAAACAAAAAUUUGGAAUCCACCAUCGAGUAAUUAACAUUGCAAGAUGACUUAUUCUAUUUUUGUUUAAGCUAAUAAUAUUAAAUAAUUUAUUAUUUAACAUUGUUUAGCUGUUAAGUUAAAUUUACACAUCAUUACAGCAAUAAUAGAGAAAUAUUCAGCCUUUGCUAUAAUUUUAUUCCCUUGUCUCUAGAAAAAUCUAAAAACUGGCAAGAAAAAUAAAUUAUUGUUUAUGACCAAGAUAAAUUUUAGGAGCCAUUUCCCUAAAAUCUGAAGGUUGUUACUUUUUAUCAUUUACUGUGGCAUCCAGGUUCUCCUACCUAUAACUAUGUGCUGAAUCCUAAUAUUUAAAACAAGAACAAUUUUAAAGUUUGUUUAGAAAUUACUCCAUGGUCACCUAAAAUUUUAUUUGAUAAGGAUAAAAAGAUAUCUUGUGUCAUCAGAAUGGGGAAUUUUUCAGAUUGCCGAAAGAAACGUUAGAUUUCUUUAAUAAUUCCAAACACCAAACAAAUUUAAAACUUUAUUGAAUUUUUUAAAAUCAGUGAAAAAUAAUGUCUCAAUGGGCUUACAAAACUUGAUUGUUUAGAUUUGCCAUUCAGUCAAAAAAGAUUUUAUUUUUUCCCAAUGGUAUUUGCUGGGGGAGAGGGGAAAGGAUAUUUCUGUCCCUUUUGCAUCUAAAUGUAAUUGAAAAUCAUAUUGUGUGUAAGUAUGAAAAUACUAUAUACUAUGUUCUACACUUGUAAAAAGAAAAGAUAAAUGCUUUUAUUUAUGUACCAUAACCAGUAAUAGAGGUUUGGCUUAAUUAUGGGAAAAUAAGCAGAAGCACCAGAAUUUUGUUUCUAUUAGUUAAAAGUCUUAAGUCCUCAUUACAAAAGAAGAAAUCUGCCAGCAUUCAGACUAAUUAAUAUUUAUAAUAUUUGUCCUAAUAAACCUAAUAUCAUCAGUACAGUAAAGAAAAAAUAUUUCUUGACUAUCAAAAUGAAGAUUCUUGUUAGUAAAAUGUGUGGAUUUUGGAAACAAAAAGAACUUGUUCUGUUCUCCUUAGUUAAAGAUAAACUUCUGGUGCAUAUUUGCUGCUGCUAUAGCUUUCCAUCAUUUCUUUUACAUAUUAUUCAUGUCAUUUUGAAUAUAUAUUUUUGUGCAGCUUUGCAGUAAAUUUGUAUUUGUAAAAUUGAAAUCAUAUUUAUUUAAUUUUCAUUAAAGGAAUUCAGUAUUCUAAAGAACAUUGCCAUCUGUUUAAAAAUUGCUGUACAUGUCAUUAGUAAGAAGGGAAUGUUUGGUUUUUUAAAUUAUGUGGAUUUAUUUUUAACAACUCAAAUAGUUUUUUUUUUAAUCUCCAUUUUAUAACUUUUACCCCCUUCUUUGUGACUUGCUUAUGCAAUCACUAAGAAACAAAACAAAUGCAAAAGAAUUAUAUUUUUAGUAAUUUUGAAAGGCUAAUGCUUUAAUUCCAGUGUUUGAAAUCUGUGUAGUUUUAUAUCAUCAAGUGUCAUUAAUACUUAUUUUGUGAAUAUGAUAGUGAGUUGUACUCCAAAUAUUCAUUUGUUAAAUAUUUUCGUGCAAAAAAGAAAAAUCUUCAUUAUAUAUACAUACAUACAUACACACACGUAUAUUAUCAUUUAUAAAAAUGCUUGGUUUUGCUUAUAGCUGUGAAGUCCUUGUUUUUUGUAUGUUUGUUUUCUUGUGCAGUGUCCAGAAAGAAGCUGAAACCUAAUGUUACAUAUGCAUAGAUACAGUGAAAAUCUUAUUGUUUAUUGUAAAAACUUAUUGUAAAAGCAACAAUUUAAAAAUCAGGUUCUUAAUGAUUAUUCCAUCAUAGAUUCUUUUAAAAUUUCAACUCCAUUAAAAUUCAAAAUUAUUAAAAUUUCAUUUGGAAACAAACCAAAUAAGCAAACUUUUGAAAGAAGAGUUUUCAAUGGGGCAAGCUAUUGACACAAGUAGCUGAUAUUAGAAACAAUUGGUAUAAUUUGGAAAUACCAUUAAAUUUACAAUCUUCAACCUUAAAUUAGACAAGCUGCUUCUUAACAAUUUUGGCUCUAGAUUUAAAAAAAAAAAAAAGAGGUAAUACUCAGCCUAUAGUUA